AUGGGUAGCAUGCGCAAAUCUUCACGAUCCAAAAUCGCCGGUCAUCGAAUGGUGCAAUAUCCCAGACUGUCAUCUCGCACUCACCCUAUGAUCCUCCGUAGAGCUUCUGCUCAAUCAAGCUCUGCGUACACCACAACCGCCACCCCCCAUGCCACUCCCAUGUCAGACCCUGCACCAAUCACAGCCGAUGCGCCCUUCAUGUCAAACCCCGCACCAACUACCUUCCACGAAGCUGCCCCUAUGUCAGAUGUCAUCAGUGCUUCUCUUCCGACAAAUCGACCCGACCUCGUAUUCGCCAAAGAGGCCUGCGAUUACAUGAAACGCUCAACGGAAAUUCUACAAACGCAAACCGAGAAUCUUAUCCUCCUGAACCAGAAGCUGGCGUCCUUAAACGAAGACAAAGAGGUACAGUUCGUUCAGUUAUCGGUUCUGAGGAUCAUGCUGAGACGGAUGAUUCUUGGGACCCGUAUGUUCUUCUUUGUGGUCACUCCUUCUGUUCUCAGUGUCUCAGCCAACAUAAAGCUACGCAUGUUCAGAAACGAUCCGAAAAUCCGGAUACAAUCGAGGUCAUCGUUCGCUGCCCAACCUGCCAUGCCCUCAUUCUUCGUAGGCCUCAAUUCUCUCACACUAUACGGCAAGGUGUCGAAGACGUUGCAAAACAUUUUCGACGAGUCGUUCCUUCGUCGCGACAACUCGAGUGGCCUUACUAAUUGA